AUGCCGUCGGUCGCAAGUAUUCACAAACGCCAUGUUUAUGGUAAAGAUGCUCUCACCUACUACCCCGUGCUAAUCGUCGGGGCGGGCGAGUCGGGUGUUGCGAUGGGCUGUCGUCUCAAGGACGUACUAGGGACGGAUCAGUUUCGAAUCUUUGAGCGACAGUCUGGCAUCGGUGGGACAUGGUGGAUUAAUCGAUACCCUGGCGCUGCCUGUGAUAUUCCCGCUGCGUUCUAUUCUUUUUCAUUUGCACCCAAGAAGAACUGGUCGACUUUACAUCCCUCGGGACCGGAAAUUGCGCAAUAUCUCGCCGAUGUCUGCGAAAAGUAUCAGAUCGUGGACAAAAUUCAAUUCCACACUGAUGUCCGUGAGCUUCGCUGGGUAGAAGAGGAUCAGGAGUGGGAGGUUUUACUUUCACACUUGGUCCCGGGGACUGGUGAUCUCUCCUCAUAUGACCGAGAACAGCUGGUGAUCAACGAGGGCGUGCACCGCGUCUACGUCAAGAACGAGAUUGUGCGGGCCAAGGUCGUCGUCAGUGGUGUGGGUGGACUUGUUGAGCCAAAAACAUGGCCCAGCGAUAUCCCUGGCAUCGAAAAUUUUGAAGGUGAGAUCAUGCAUACAGCUCGAUGGGAUAGUGAGAUCGACCUGCAAGACAAGGAUGUCAUCAUGUUCGGAUCAGGCUGCAGUGCCGCCCAGGUCGUCCCCGAGCUGGCCAAGCCAGAAGCCAACGUUCGCUCCAUCACCCAGCUCAUGCGCAGUCCUCCCUGGGUACAGCCGGAUCUUCUGCCACCCAACCUUCUUGUCCAAUGGGAGAAGUGGAUGCCAUCGUUGAUGACACAUGUACCCGGGCUGGCACGUUUCCUUCGCAACGGCCUUUUCAUGAUGUGUGAACACAAUUUUUUCGCCAUGUUCACUGACACGGCCUACGGACGUAUGAUGCGGCCGAAGAUUGAAAUGAAUUUCCUGGACCACAUGCGCAAGACGGCACCGAAGGAAUAUCAUGAAAUGCUUACCCCAAACUACAGCCUCGGAUGCAAGCGUCGUAUCAUUGACGGUACAUGGUACCGUAGCCUGCACUCACCCAAGGUCACACUGACCACACAGCCACUGGCUCGUGUUCAUGCGAGGAGUGUGACAAUUGGACCGGGUCAUUACUAUCCUCCCGGCAGUGACUCCGAUGACGAAGCUCGAGAGAUCCCAGCCGACGUGAUUCUUCUGGGCAAUGGAUUCGAGACCAAUCAAUGGCUGCACCCCUUGAAGGUGACUGGCAGAGGCAACAAGAAGAUGGAGGAUCUUUGGGCAGCGCGAGGAGGCGCCCAGGCUUACCAGGGCAUCGCCAUGGAUCAGUUCCCGAACUUCUUCAUGCUCUUCGGGCCGAACACGGCCACUGGCCAUACGAGCGUCAUUUUCGCGACUGAAAAUGCGGUCAACUACUCUUUGAAUUUCAUCAAGCCGAUUUUGAAUGGCCAGGUCAGCUCCUACGAGGUCAAGGAAGAGGCCGAGCUGGCGUGGACCAAGAACGUGCAAGACCAACUACAGAAAACGGUCUUCCGCCGGGGAUUGUGCUCCAGUUGGUAUAUCACCGCUGAUGGAUGGAACUCCUCGACCUACCCAUACUCUCAAAUCCACUAUUGGUACCGGUGCACCUUCCCUUAUUGGAGCGAUUGGACCGCAAAUUGGACUCGGAAGGGUGCAAUUAUCCAGGGAAUUCGCAAGGCUGUGCGCCUCUCGUUGAUCUUAAGUGUUCUAGUGGGACUGGCGUGGCUGCAGAAGAACCCGCAGCAGCGCAGCCAGUUGCUGCUGGCCUUGCUGGCAAAGAAGGACUGGAUUCUUUCCAAGGCGCGUGCUUUCUUUUGA